UACUCGUUCUACAAAUUCAGUGGAAGUGACAGAAAAACGAAUACGUAAUGGAGAGCUCAGUGCUGCGCUUGCAAUGGUCAUCCUUUCAAUAUUUUUGGUAAAUUCCACAAUCAGGAGUUACUAUGAAGGCGGGGGCCUCCUCCGUGUGGGCGUCGUGCUGCGGGCUCCUGAAUGAGGUGAUGGGGACGGGCGGCCCGGUGCGGGGCCAGCAGCCGUUCCGCUUCGCGCCCAGCGCCGCCUACUCCGCCUACCCCCACUCCGCCGCCGCCGCCGCCCCCACCGCCGCCGCCCCCGCCCCCCCCGCCCCUGCCUCCGCCGGUCUGGUCUGCAAGGCCUGCGGCCAGACCUUCUCCGUCUUCAGGAGGAAGUAUGUGUGCUGCGACUGUAAGAAGAGUUUCUGCUCGGUGUGCGCGGAGCCGCAGGAUGAGCUGCACCGCUGCGCCACCUGCCAGCUGCUGAGGGGUACUGCGUUCCAGCGGCCGCAGCUCAUGCGCCUGCGCGUCAAGGACCUGCGCCAGUACCUGCAGCUGCACAACGUCGCCACGGAUACCUGCAGGGAGAAGGCCGACCUGGUGGACCUGGUGUUGUGCCACCGGGGGGCGGGGCACGACGACCCCGACGACCUCGGCAGUCCCGAUGACCGCAGCGAUCCAGAUGACCCUGACGACCCCGAUGACCCCGACGACCUUGACGAUCCCGAUGACCCUAGUGAUCCUGACGACGCUGAUGACCCUGACGACCCCGAUGACCCUGAUGACCCUAGCGAUCCCGAUGACCCCGACGACCCUGAUGAUCCCGAUGACCCUGAGGACACUGAUGACCCCGAUGACCUUGACAGCCCCAACACAGGCAGUUUUCCCUCCCGCCCCCCGUCUGCCCCACCUCCUUCAACCACACGCUCUGCCUCCAAACACUCCACAGUCUCUGCCCCUCUGGGAGAACCAAUCAGCAGGAGAGACAGCUCAGGGACCACCAGCCAGGGGGGAGCUCCUGCCUCAAACUGGUGCCUAAUCGAUCAAGCAGGUAACAGGGAGCCCACCUCCCUCUCUCUCCCGAACCUGGAGUCAGAGGAGGCCACGCCCCUGGCGCAGAGGCAGGCCCGAGCGUCGCUGUCGGACCUGGCCAACGCGGACGACAUCGAGGGCCUGUCGGUGCGCCAGCUGAAGGAGAUCCUGGCGCGGAACUUUGUGAACUACUCUGGCUGCUGCGAGAAGUGGGAGCUGGUGGAGCGGGUGAACAGGCUGUACCGGGAGAACGAGUACAACAGGAAGUCACUGGAAAACAUCAGCAACAACGUGACAGCAGUGGUAGCAUAUCCCUCACCCAUCUGCAACGGUGGACUCGAUGACAGUCUGAAACCCCAGCUGACCAAUCAGGACGAGUCUCUGUGCAGGAUCUGCAUGGAUGCGGUGAUUGACUGUGUGCUGCUGGAGUGUGGUCACAUGGUCACCUGCACCCGGUGUGGGAAGCGCAUGAACGAGUGCCCCAUCUGCAGGCAGUACGUGGUGCGCGCCGUGCACGUCUUCAGGUCCUAAAGCCGCGGCAUCGGCCGCUCGCCAGAACCACCGACACCCUUACCACUGACGCCAGAACCACCGACACCCUUAACACUGACGCCAGAACCACCGACACCCUUACCACUGAUGCCAGAAUCACUGACACCCUCACAACUGACGCCAGAACCGCCGACACCCUUACCACUGACGGCAGAACCACCGACACCCUUACCACUGACGCCAGAACCACCGACACCCUUACCACUGACGCUAGAACCACCGACACCCUUACCACUGACGCCAGAACCACCAACACCCUUACCACUGACGCCAGAAUCACU